UCCCUCAAAAUAUCUCAAACCCUACCCCCUCUACUUCCUUCUUCACUCAUCAGCUUCAACAACUCAUCAUUAUUACUGUUAUUAACUAGAAAACUCAGAAAAAAAGAACAUAAAACCAAAACAAUGCGUAGCUUCGACAAAGGCGGAUUCUUCUUCGAUCUCGGCCACCCUCUCCUCAACCGUGUUGCUGAUAGCUUUGUCAAAGCUGCUGGCAUUGGCGCUGUUAAGGCUGUUGCCAGUGAGGGCUGUCAUAGAGCUCUUGAUGGAAGUUGGUCAAGAAAAACCAAUAAAAAUUCCUUCGAAGCAAUGGUGAAGAGCACCGGAAAAGAAUCGCUCCAAUGGGGGCUGGCUGCCGGGUUAUAUUCAGGUAUCACAUAUGGUCUCCAAGAGGUCCGUGGCACUCACGAUUGGAAAAACAGUGCAGUUGCGGGGGCACUUACAGGGAUGACAGUGGCAUUCACAUGCGAGGAUGGUUCCCAUGAGCACCUGUUGCAAUGUGCCAUCACCGGAGCCGCCAUCUCCACAGCGGCUAAUCUUCUGAAGGGAAUAGUUUAGAACCUUUCCUCUUCCUUAUAUAAUAUAAGACUGGCUGUCUUGAGCUGUGAAACAGGGACGAUAAUAAUUUUGUAUCUUGGGGGCAUUAUGCUUUUCUUUUCGUAUUAGAGUUACGAAAGUAUAAUAUUAAAUUGCGGUUGCAACCUCAUGAGGUCAUCGACUAUAGGAUCUCGAUGAAUUUCUCGAAUCUUUAUGUUCGAGAAAUUAAAAUAUUCAUAAUUUAGAUAUGUCGUCGGACUGUUCAUGGCUAC